AUUCCAACCAAGUUACAAUAAACAAGAUGGCUGAAUCUCACAGAUUAUACGUUAAAGGUAAACAUAUUUCUUACCAACGUUCUAAGAAUGUCACCAACCCAAACGUAUCAUUGAUUCAAAUUGAAGGUGUUGCUAACCCACAAGACGCCAAGUUCUACUUGGGUAAGAGAAUUGCCUACGUUUACAGAGCUUCCAAGGAAGUUAGAGGUUCCAAGAUUAGAGUUAUUUGGGGUAAGGUCACCAGAACCCACGGUAACAACGGUUUAGUCAGAGCUAACUUCAAGAAGAACUUGCCAGCUAAGACCUUUGGUGCUUCCGUCAGAAUCAUGUUAUACCCAUCCAACAUCUAAGUUUGUUUAAUUUUUAAUAAUAACGAGGAAGGGAUGUAAUUUAUAUAUAUAUGAGAAUGAUUUUUAAAAAAAAUAUUUACAAAGAUGGUGUUUAUGUUGCUUUGAACCAUUUAAAAAACUUCUAAAGCAUUAGGGUUUAGAACUUUCGAAGUAUAUAAAGAAGGUUUUGAAUACAUAUAAUUAAAACAGUUG